AUGGCCAUCGGAGCUUCUUUUUCGGCUGUGGCGACGGGGUUUGCCCCAUUCUUUGUUGCUUCUAUCAGAAAUGCUUCUAUCGGUGUGACAACAUUCGAAGUCAGCUCAUUGAAGAAGUUGAAAACAUCUCCAUAUUUGACGUUCUACUGCUCGGCUUCAUAUCUACGUGGCGAACCAGGAGCAGAAUCCGGUUCCGGCAUCUCAGUCGACUGGGCCAUGGACGGGCAGCGUUCCAGAUCCGAUGACCCAUUCCUUCUCAAUUACCAGCCUUCCGAGCUCCGAAUCGCCUCCGAGUUCUUCGCAACAUGGCUUCCCUUUCUCUCCAAAGAUCUCUGCGGUCACUGUUCUGCAAUUCUUUCUGAUCGCAUCCGUUCCAUUGACUCCGAACCAUGGUUUCACCGGUUGAAACCAUGGUUUCAGCUGGACCACGGUUUGGGCUUCUGGACAGGGUAUGAAAGCGAAUUCAUUGAAAGCAUUGUUGAAGAAAUGGGGUCAAAGUUACUUGAUAAAUCAGCAUCUGGUCAUGGCAAGUUAAUUGGAAUUGGACCAAAAUUAGACAAACUGAAGUCAAUCGUUGCAAGUGAAUCAGAAGGAGUUGGGUUUAUAGGAAUAUGGGGCACAGGAGGUGUAGGCAAAACAACUCUUGCUAGAGCCUUUUAUGAGCAGGAGCGAGAGCGCAAAAACUUUGAGAUUCACUGCUUCCUUGAUAAUAUUAGAGAGGCAUGGGAAAAAGAAGAUUUGAUUUCAUUGCCAAGAAAACUCCUUUCUUCUCUAGAUAAAAAGAGUAUGGAAGUGGCUGACUUUUAUGAAGGAAUGGAGUUAAUAAAAAGCAAGUUGACUGACAGAAAAAUUCUACUUGUCCUUGACGAUGUGAGUGAUAUUAGGCAACUUGAAAAUUUGGCUCCAAAGAAAGGAUGGUUCAGCGAAGGGAGCAUAAUAAUAAUAACAACUAGGGAUAAGCAUUUGUUAUCAUCGCACAGUGUAUCUGCUGUGUAUGAAUUCAAAUUAUUGAGUUAUAACGAGUCCCUUGAACUUUUCCUUGAAAAAGCUUUUAAAGAAGAGCAUCCUAAUGAAGAUUAUUUGAAACUUGCUAGAACCGUCAUUGAGUAUGCUAGAGGCCUUCCUUUAGUGCUCACAGUGUUAGGUUCAUCUCUUUGCAAAAGACCUAUAGUGGAAUGGAAGGAUGAACUAGCUAAGCUCAAGAAAAUUCCUCCAAAGGACAUUUUGAAGAUACUUCAGGUGAGUUUUGAUGGACUGGAUGAUCAGCAGAAAACCAUAUUCCUGGAUGUUGCUUGCUUUUUCAAUGGGAUGGACAAAGAUCAUGUCAUACAAAUUUUAGAAACUUUGGAUAAGGAUUUUCGCCCAGAAACUGAGAUAAAUGUUCUCAUUAAGAAAUCACUAAUGAUUAGUUAUGAAGGGCAUUUGUGGGUGCAUCAAAUUCUCCAAGAUAUGUGUAAAUAUAUUGUCUAUCAAGAAUCACAUUAUGAUGCUGGCAAGCGUUCCAGGAUAUUGUCUUUGGAGGAUGCCAAUCAAGGGACAGAAGCAAUUCGAGGAAUAGCGCUAACAUUGGAAAAGUCAUGUGAUGCAUUCUGGGAUCCUGAAUCCUUCUCAAAGAUGAGUUGUUCAAAAGUUAGAAAACUUCCUGAGUUUGGAAAAGAUAUGGCAUGUCUAUCGAAGCUUGAUUUAGAGAAGACUGCUCUAGCCAAACUACCUCAAUCGUUGGGUAAUUUGAUUGGUCUCGUUGAAUUAAAUUUGACAAACUGCAAAAAGCUGGUUUGUCUUCCAUGUAGUGUUAGCAAGUUGAAAGCUCUGAAAGUUAUCAAAAUUUCUGAAUGCUCAAAGCUUUCAUGGCUGCCAGAGAGUUUGAAUGAAAAUGAAGCUUUGGAACAGCUUCAUUUGAGUGGGAUUGCUAUACAAGGGUUAUCAUUUAGUGACUACAAUAGCGAAACACAAUCUUCAUCAUCAUGGAGUUGCUUAUCCCUUCUUCAAAGGCCUUCAAGCUCCAAAAAGUUUUUGUUGCCGCCGUCUUUGUCGUUCUUGAAAGAAUUAAACUUACGUUUUUGCAAUCUCCAAGAUGGAUCACUUCCUGAUGACAUCAGCAUGUUAUCAUCCUUGGAAUUUUUAGAUCUAACUGGAAACGAUUUCAUUGACUUACCAUCUGGCCUCAUUUCCAGUCUUUCGAAGCUUAAAGAAGUGGAUGGCACCUAUUCUCAUUCAGAUGACAAAGCAGCUUGUGGAGGUGUUCUUAAAGAUGGCAACAAUUGUAUGAAGGAGGCUUUUCUUCUGAAAUUAAGUGGCGGAGACACCCUCAUAGCAAAACUAUGGGGUUGCUUGAUGGGUCUCAAAAGAGCUUGGGACACUGGUAUUAGAGUUGUUGUCUUGAGAAGCGACUCCGCUGAAGCUGUUCGAUUGAUCAAAUUUGAAGUCCCACAGACGCACAAGAAUAUUGGUCUGAUCAUGGAAAUCAAAGGGAUGUUAGAGCGGAAAUGGUUUGCGGAUAUCCGGGUCUUUCACAGAGACGGCAAUGGCAUCGCUGAUUUACUUUCCAAAAGAGCACUUAAUGGAGCAAUGGCCUGA